UUACCCCUUUGUACUACGAGAGCACCUUAAUAUGUGGUGUAAAAUCUAAUUUAUAACCUCCCAGGCCCUCCUCCCUGGCAAGUCAUAAAGUUUCCAAUAUAGAUUUUUCUUUUUCAUUUAAUAUAACUCACACGGUCACACUGCUGAACAAGCAGGCUGCAGAACCCAGAAAAAUGUCUCACACUUUGCUCUCCUUCCCCCAUCUCCCCAUCUCGUCACCAACGAAGAAAAUUCCCACACUCUCCAGUCCCAGAGCCAGAGCCAGAGCCGCCCCCAGAGCUUGUCUCAACCAAUCACCUCAACCCCCAAACCCUUCCCUUCUCACCUCAAUAACCAACCUCCUCUGGGGUCCCUCUCUCCCACCAGGCCUCCUCAUCUCCACCGUCCGUACUGCAUGGCACUCCACGUGGCAACUCAUGAUGUCCCAGCUCGCUCCCUCCGAUACCUCAGGCCGUUACUCCCGGCCACCGUCCAGGUUCCGUUGCGCCAACUUUUCCGGCCAGACCCCGACAGCCCUCCAUCUCUAUGUGGGCCUACCUUGUCCGUGGGCCCACAGGACUCUCAUCGUGCGGGCUCUCAAGGGCCUCGAGGACGCCGUGCUCGUAUCCAUAGCCUCCCCGGGCCCCGACGGCUCGUGGGUAUUUAACGAUAUCCGCGGCGCGGACAGUGAUGUCCUCCUCCCCGGUCCGGACAAUGCGAAUGGGUGCAGAAAUUUGAGAGAAGUUUAUAAGCUGAGGAGAGGAGGGUAUGAUGGGCGUUGCACGGUGCCAAUGCUGUGGGAUACGAAGACAAAGGAGGUGUUUUGCAAUGAGAGUUAUGAUAUAAUCCAACUAUUCAAUUCUGGAAUCAACGGGCUUGCGCGCAACCCGGAACUAGAUCUCUCCCCACCGGCAUUGAAGGGAAAGAUUGAAGAAUGGAAUCGAAUAAUUUAUCCCAAUGUUAAUAAUGGGGUUUACAGAUGUGGGUUUGCUCAAAGCCAAGAGGCAUACGAUUUGGCGGUAAAUGACUUGUUCAGUACAUUGGACAUCUUAGACGAUCACUUGGGUAGUUCUCGCUACUUAUGCGGAGGUGCACUAACACUUGCAGAUGUAUGCCUGUUCACUACUUUGAUUCGGUUCGAUCUUGUGUACAAUGUCCUGUUCAAGUGCACCAAGAAAAAGCUACUCGAGUAUUCCAAUCUUCAUGGCUAUAUGCGUGACAUUUACCAGAUUCCCAAGGUCGCAGCAACUUGCAAUUACAGCGCCAUUAUGGAUGGUUACUACAAAACACUAUUUCCGCUAAAUCCAGGCAGCAUUCAACCUGCCAUGCCUUCAGGCUGCGAGCAUGGAGUACUCUCUAGGCCUCAUGGAAGAGAGUCGCUGUCAUUGGCAGAGAGUAAAUAUGUACAGGUUCAAGUUUCAUAGAAGCUGAUCCCGAUUCCACAACAGCAACCUGGUCAUCAUAUCUUAAACCCCCAUUUUGUAGAUGUUGAAGAACUCGAAGCCAAAACUUUAUGAUAAAGUAUAACCUCGGCUCAGUACAUAUGGUACCGUUGUUAGUAUUUCUCUACUCUCAGCUGGAAGGAUAGAGCUUGUCUAAACAGAGUAUCAGAAGCCGUGGAAGACAUACCAAUGUAAAGUUUCUCCUGAGAUUCAACUUUCAAGAAGAUCCUGCUCGCACCAAGUUACUUUGCCAUACUAUUACUUCCCAAGAAUAUGUAGGAAGCUGGUAAGUUUAUCCAGAAGACAAACAUUUCCACUUAGUCAUAAUUCCACUAUUCUAUUUUCUGAA